AGUGAGCGAUGCAAUUGGUCGAAUGGCCGGGCGCGGGCGGGGGCUAGCAUGCUGCCGCUGGUGCUGCUGGCGCUAGCGAGUGCGGCCGGCGCCAGCGUGAGCGAGCUAGCGCGCCGGGACACGGGCGAUGUGUUCACGCUCACUGGUGUUGAAUGCGGCCCCACGCAAUGCGCGGAGCACGGCGCGCGCGCCGCCGACGCCGCGUGCACUUGCGCGUGCCCACACCGAGCGCCGCUGUUCAGGGAGGACCGGGAACUGUGCGUCGACGACCUGCCAGAAUGUUCGCUGGCGAGUUUCGGGACGGGCGUGGGCGUGCAGCGGAUACCUUUCGUGUAUCUGCCGCUGAAAGGUCAAAUCAUUCAUCCGUCGAGGGAUAUUACCUUUCAAGGUGUCAAGACUCCUAUAUGCGCAGUGUCUGGUGCUCAGUUCCUAACUCCAAAAGGCUUCGUAGAUCUUCGCAACACGCUAGACGCAGACGUUCCUUUCAGUCUUUUUCGCGAUGAGGGACGGACUUUUCUACAGUGGAGCGGUGAGGACGACGUGCGAGCGAGUAUGUCGGGCCGAAUGAUGGUGGUGCGCCUGCUAUGUCGCGAUGUUGCCGCUGCGCCCGCCUCCCCUCUCGACUUAAGGGGAGUUUUCACACCGUGUGUCGCUUUCAGAGUGCAAGGGACCGCUCCUAAACCACUCUCAAAUGUAACAGAAGUCCAAUUUGCUCCAAACGCGCAGACAUCAGGAGCAACCGCCACAUCAGGACUAACUGUCACAGAAUAUGUUGCGAUCGGCAUCAGCUCUCUCCUUCUCGGUCUAAUCUAUGUUGCAUCAGUCUUCCUCUACCUACACAUACGAAAAAGAAAGAAAGGCUCUGAAGCAACCGAAGCGAGCUCGAGACGAUUGAAAAGUUUGAAGAAUAAAAAUGGUUCUAUCGUAACUGAACGCGACAUAGUUCGAAUCAACAAUGAAAGAGUCCAGUCAAUACCGAGUUCUUUGGAUACCGAUGAUGGUGUAGUCAAAAAUAAUCCAUUGAUAGGAAUGAGUCGCUCGUUUCAUCAGAUUAAGCACAGCUUUCCAAGUGAUUCUGGCAGUACCAUGUCUGAUUCGGAAGACUUUGCUGAGAAUAGCGUUAGAAGCGAGGAUCAUGCUUUCAACGAUCAGACUACAUCAGCUCUUAUACAUUCCCACUAUUCAGAAGUGAAGAUUAGAAAUAGUUGCUCUGACGUAACUCACCGAGAUGAGUCGGGAAUCGAACGCCUUCCAGACGAACAUGUAUCCAUCGUGGAAACAACUGACGACCGGGAAAUAGCACGGCCAGUCGGUACUACGAGAAGAAAGCUAUACUUCAAUCCGGCUUAUUUUGAACCACACCUCAUGGCGGAGCCACCACCCGCUGCUUUAGAAUUUCUGACUAAAAUUAGAGAAGUCAUCGCAGUCGCUAAACAUAAAAUGGCAGCAAAAAGAUUCCAGCCAGUUCUAAAUGAGAUACCAGAAGAAGAGACCUAUCCCUCUCAUGGAAACAGUUUAGACAUAUACCAAGGCUUAGGCAGUCAGAGAAGCGGAAGCGUUGUCAGCCUUAAGAGGGAAAAUAGUAGAAAGAGAUCUAUAAAUUGCGUAGGAUGUCCAGGUUGUAAAACGGAAAAUGGCAGCGAAGUACACAAUUUUAUAAAAUAUGACAUACCUGCGUGCUCAAGCUGCCUAAGUAGUAAAGGAGAAAAGCAAAACAGCAUUCGCAAGUGGCUAGAAAACAUUCCUACUGGGAAACAAUCGUUCUAUAAUGAUUUUCAACCAGCAAGCCAGAAUGGUCUAGUCAACUCUCUUUUAUCUCUUCCAAGUGCGGAAUCAAAUUGUAAAUUAAGAAAACAAAAUAGUUUUACGGCGUCUAAUCCUAUGAAUUUAACUGAAAACAUUACAAAGACUAGAAAAACAUCAACUAUGUCUGUGAGAUCUGAACCACCAUUGAGAACAUAUAGCUAUAAUCUACCUUUACCUGAAUUUGAUAAAAUUACCCAUAAUAACAACAGGAACUACUAUGGAGAGACUAUUUCCAGAAUAGAUGAUAUCAGACCAAUUGGAUUGUGUGAUUAUCGCACCGGGAGUCUAAGAAGUAACCCUAUCACUAACCAACACAGAAAUAAGUUUAUAACCAAUAAAAAUUCUCUCCCUGAUAUGGUGAAUGAAGCGAUAGCUCUUGAAAACUGUAGCAAAUCCUACAACCACAACAGUUCUGACGAAGAAGUCGGUCAGAAAAUUACGAACGCUGCUAGACAGAACUCUGAAAGCCCACCCAUUAAUGACUAUGAAACUGAUAGUUUAGAGAGAACAUCUACCAAAAAGGGGCUGGCAACUCCACCUGAAUACCCUGACGUGCCAUCGUCUCAAGCUAGUCCAAGCUUGAGCAAUGCUUUACCAUUAGAAGAAGAACUUACAAUGACUAAUGCAGUUUAUAAGACGCAUUCAAGGAGCAAUAGCAACACUCCAUCCCCACAAAGAGAUGUAUGCAUUGAACAAAAUCAUUAUGAAAUAAUAGAGUCCAAGAAAGUAAUAAACAACGUCAGUAAUAUAGAAGCUAACAACAACAGCCCAAACAACAGCUAUAGUUUAGUGAGCGAGGUAUAUGUUAACAAUAAUUACAAUUUCGGUAGUACUCCUACUUCACCAAGUGGAUCUGAUUGUUCAAUGGGAAGUAGAAAAUUACGUCGCGCAGGCAAUAACUCUGAGGAAAAACCUGGCUGUCUUACUAUUGAAGUUAAAGAUCCUCCUGAAAAUUACAUAAAGAUUCAUGAAUCAGAUGGAUUUGAACCCGACACGUUGGAUCGCAAACAUCCCAAAUAUAAACAGACAGACGAAAAUAGUCAGUUCAGUAGAAAGGACCUCAUUAAAAACAUUGAUAUCGACGGUAGUCCUGUCAAUCAACGUAUUCAACUACGCAGCAGCGGGACGUUCAAGAAAUCAGAAGCAAUGGUUAGUGCAUCAAAAUUCAACAGUUUAAGAAACGAUUAUGAAUACCGUAAAAAUAUUUAUGAACGCCCUAAACUAUCUCCAACCACAUUCAAUGAUUCUAAAAGUCUAGACGAUACGUCGGAAACCUGGGAAGAGGUCGCAGCGGACUGGGCUACAGAAGAAGGCCGUAUCCUUACUCUAGAAGUCAGGCACUCGAAGAGACAACGGCAAUGUACGCCGCCAACUAUAAAGCAAAUGAAAAGUCUAGCAAGACCAGACAUUCUGCCUCCACUUCCUCCAACAAAUGACCAUCCAAUAUAUGAACAACCGAGCUUUCCGCCCCGGAGAGUAGAAAGUGCAAGAUUACCACAAGAAAAUCUUUCAAAAAACUUGAAUGGCAGAAGCCUCAGUCCGAGAACAUUUACGAAGAAUACGACAAUUGACCUUAGCUUUAGAAAUAGUAACGUUCGUAAAUCUAGUAUAGGACAUCCUUGCGGUCCAACGAGAGCUUCUGCCCAAAUGCCAUUCUCGGACUACGAAAACAUUGACACUGUCGACGCGUGUGAAGGAGCAGCAAGACAGGCUGAAGAUUUAUGUAGGAUAUCUAAUAGAAGACGGACAGACAGAAGAUACAGCAGCAAUCCAAUAAACACCAACACAUUUGUGAAAGAACCUAAAGAAACUUCUGGUAAAACUUUUAGGAUUAAACGCAAAAAAGGACAACAUGUUGAAGACUCAGGAUAUCUCAGCAGUGACUCCGCUGGCUCGAGACAAAUUCAAAGGAAAUUAGUGAUAGCUAAAAUAGUCAGUUGUAGUGAAAGUGAUGACACUGAAAACGAGGCUAGGAGUGAAUCAGGUGCGGAGAGCGUAGAGACACAUUCAGUGUAUUUCGAUAGCUAUAGAAAGCAAGAAGUAAACGUUGUAGAAAGUGACAAUAAAAUGCUAACGUAUGACAAAAGUGCAAGAAGUAGUGGAAGACGUUUCAGAAACAAUUUACAGUGAUAACAAUAAGCAAUAAAAAAAUAUUUGUGCAAUAUGAUGUGCAAUAUCCAUUAUUAAGUAAUAAUUAAAUGUAUUCUUAAUUAAAAUUUACUAUUAUGUUUGUAAAAUACACAAGUACUGAUACACGAUACCUCUAAUAAGAGUUGUUAAUAGUUAUUAUUUAUUUACGUUGCAAAUAAACAAUAGUAUUUAGGUAAAUAUAAUGUACCUAGAUAAAUAAAUGGCCGGUUGUGCAAUGCAAUAAUAGAAUAAGCUAGUUAUUUUG